UUUCCCACCAUUGUGUUCAGUGACAGUGACGGGGCUGGCAGGGAUCUGUGCGGAGAGCCGAUGCUGCAGCUUUUAGGGAGCAGAACAGGAAAAGGACACAGUUUCCUCUGCAUCUGAGCCGCCGAGGCGCAGAACGCUCUCAAAUCUGGGGACUCUCCACUCGCAGCUCUGGACUGUAAUUACUUUUCCAUGCUAUGGUUGCGGAGAGGCUGGUUUUGAUUUUGAGCGUGAAGGCUUCAGGCCGGGCCUAGCCAACAGUGCCGCUGGAAGCUGUGAGCUACAGGGCUGCAUGUCAUGGGCUGCGUCUUCUCGCUGCCAGAGGACAGGAGAGAUGCUGCUGAGAGACAAGUCUCACAACGAGAGACGAGUUUCAUUGAGAAGAUGAAGAAAACUGGGAAGAACAUCAUCGUGUUCUACGGCUCCCAGACGGGAACAGCAGAGGAAUUUGCCAACAGGCUGUCCAAAGAUGCUCAGCGCUAUGGCAUGAAAGGAAUGGCUGCUGAUCCAGAGGAGUACACCAUGGGGGAACUGGCCCGUAUGUCUGAGAUCAAGAACUCACUGGCUAUUUUUUGUAUGGCCACUUACGGUGAAGGCGACCCGACGGAUAACGCCCAGGACUUCUAUGACUGGCUGCAGGAGAACGAUGAUGAAGACCUCUCUGGACUGAACUACACUGUGUUUGCGCUGGGAAAUAAAACGUACGAACACUACAACGCGAUGGGGAAAUACGUGGACAAAAGGCUGGAGGAGCUUGGAGCCAAACGCAUCUUUGAUCUCGGUUUGGGAGACGACGACAGCAACCUGGAGGAGGACUUUGUUUCGUGGAGAGAGCAGUUCUGGCCGGCCGUCUGCGAGCACUUUGGGGUGGAGGCUUCAGCAGAUGAACUCAGUAUCCGGCAGUAUGAGCUGAAGCUCCACAACGACGUCAACAUGAACAAAGUGUUCACCGGAGAAAUCGGCCGCCUGAAGAGUUUUGAGGUCCAAAAGCCGCCUUUUGAUGCUAAAAACCCCUUCUUGGCUCCCGUCACCGUCAACCGCAGACUCAACAAAGCAGGGGAUCGGCAUCUUAUGCACCUGGAGCUAGACAUCACAGGCUCCAAGCUCAGGUACGAGUCAGGAGACCAUGUUGCUGUCUUCCCCACAAAUGACUCUGCACUGGUGAACAGACUGGGAGAGAUCCUUGGUGUGGACCUUGAUGUGGUUAUCUCCCUGAACAACCUUGAUGAGGAGUCCAACAAAAAGCAUCCUUUUCCCUGUCCCACCACCUACCGUACUGCCCUCACACACUACCUGGACAUCAUGAACCCUCCCCGCACCAACGUCCUCUACGAACUGGCACAGUACGCCUCCGAGCCCAAAGACCAGGAAAAUAUGCGCAAGAUGGCCUCUUCCUCCCCCGAGGGCAAGGCUCUUUACCAGACGUGGGUGUUGGACUCCUGCAGGAACAUCCUGGCCAUCCUGGAGGACAUGCCUUCUUUAAAGCCUCCGGUUGAUCAUCUGUGUGAGCUGCUGCCUCGCCUCCAGGCUCGCUACUAUUCCAUAGCUUCCUCUUCUAAAGUUCACCCCAAUAGCAUCCACAUCUGUGCCGUGGUGGUGGAGUACUCCACCAAGACGGGGCGGGUCAACAAAGGAGUGGCGACAAACUGGCUGAAGAACAAACUGGUUAACGGUCACAAAUCGACUGUUCCCAUGUUCAUCCGCAAGUCCCAGUUCCGCCUGCCUUUCAAAGCCACGAACCCCGUCAUCAUGAUCGGCCCGGGGACAGGAAUCGCUCCGUUCAUGGGCUUCAUCCAGGAGAGAGGCUGGCUCAAAGAGCAAGGUAAAGAGGUCGGGGAGACGGUGUUGUAUUUCGGCUGCAGACACAAGAACGAGGACUACAUUUACCAGGAGGAGCUGGAGGACGCGGAAAAGAGCGGCGUUUUAACUCAGCUGAACGUUGCCUUCUCCAGAGACCAGGAUCACAAGGUGUACGUGCAGCAUCUCCUGAAGAAAAAUAAGGAACACGUUUGGAAACUGAUUCACACGGACAACGCUCAUCUCUACGUCUGCGGGGAUGCAAGAAACAUGGCUAAAGAUGUACAGACGGCUUUAUAUGAGAUUGCAGAGGAGUUGGAAGGCAUGACACGCACCCAGGCCACAGACUAUAUCAAGAAACUGAUGACCAAGGGACGCUACUCGCAGGACGUGUGGAGUUAAAGAGUUUUCGAACCAGCAUCACUCUUUACCGCUAAUGUGGUUGUUUAAAAAGGUUUCUGUUUUUACAAAUUGUCAUAUUCGGGAUUGAAUAUUAAAACAAAAACAUAUCAACUCUUCCUCAUAGUCACCCCUGUCUAGAGAGGACUUGGAGGUAGAGGAGGAGUCAAACCCUUACUUACUUCUGGACCUCCAUGUUUAAGGCCAGCAAACGGUUUUCCACUUUAGGAAACUCUAACAAAAACAAUCAUUAGAAGUCCAUUUUUCGAAACCUGGAUGUAUGAAGUAGGAAUCCAGGGGCCGCUAUGUCUUAAGAAAUCCCGCCUCUCGCGACGCCUGCAGAAGUGAUGCCUCCAGGCGGGACGGUGUUGAGUGUGUUCCUGUUAGGUCUAGAACAGAACUGUGGAAGGGUGCUGAUUCAAAAUCUUCUCUUUUAGCCGAUCUCUCAGUGCUCAUAAAAGCACUUUAAAUAUGUAAAAUAUUUUAAACCUUUUUGUGAGGAAAAUGUUUGUAACAAACAGCGUCAUAGGUACAAUUAUGUUUACCUUUAUACUUUGACAUGGGAGUUUGUCUUUAAUGUAUAGCCUCCGUUCUGUUCUAACUCAUCACAAUAACUUUAGAGGCGGACUGUAAACAAGGCAGACCCAGUAUUCAUUUAAAUAAAAUAUAAAAACACGAGAAUAUAUAUAUAUAUAUAUAUAUAGAUAUAGAUAUCUAUAGAUAUCUGUAUAUCUAUAGAUAUAUAGAUAGAUAUAUGUGUGUGUGUCUUUCCCACAAGUGGCCUGUUUUUAACAACCAAACCUGGAAUGAUUGUCCACAUGUGACGAGCUGGACUUCCAUCCAGGUGUGACUAAAUGUUCUGUAUGUGACCGCAGGCGAGUAAAGAGGUUAAGCGUCUUUGUACCACAUGUAGAAAGAGACGCCCACCAUUUCCUGUCAUUUGUUAACCUUGGCUCCUCCCCAUUCUGACGAGAUCUUCACUUAAUCGGCUCAGUCUGGAGUUUAAAGAGAAGCCGGUGCCUUUUUUUUAUACUGUCCUGUGUAUGAAGUUAGCAUCAAAGCCAUGACGGUUCUCUCUCUGUCUUUCUAACAUUUUUUUUCCUCUUCCGUGCUUACAUUUUCAUAGAAAAUUAAAUUUCUUCUGAGACACUC